AUGGAGAUAAGGGUGAGAAGAGCCAACAGGAGCAUGUACCGUUUGGAGGUGGAAAGCACUGAAACGGUGGAGAGUUUGAAAGCAAAGAUUGAAGAGAAAGAAGGUAUUCCCUCUUCUCAGCAACGUUUGAUGAAAAUGGGCGUUCGCUUACAGAAUGAAAACACUCUCAAGCAUUACAAUAUUAAACAUAAUCAAUGUAUCAGCUUGGCUUGGAUCGAGAGAGGUGAAAUGCAGAUACUUAUAAAGCACCAGAAUGGAUCUCUUCUUCUAGAGGUUGACGAAUCUCAGAGCGUUGCAACUACCAUAACCAAAAUCAAAGACAGGCUUCGAAUACCAUCUUAUAUGAAAAAAUCCCUGGUAUUCGACAACGUAGUACUAGAAGAUGAAAAAACUGUUUCUUCUUACAAGGAUAUUGAUUUAUCACUUGUAAAGCUUGUUGAUGGAUGA